CCAUAUUCGGGACUUAUCUAUGUUUAACACUCACAAGACCUUUUGACAGUGACAGACUACAGAAGAGAUGCCAUGGAUUUUCCAGUAUUUGUAGUUUUACCAGGAAGUGGAGUUGGUUUAAGAUUUGGAACACCUUUACCAAAGCAAUACACAGACAUUAAGAAUAAAUCAUUAUUUUUGUACACUGUCCAAGCCUUUCAUAGAUUUCCAUGGAUACACACAAUAGUAGUGGUUGUCUCUCCAAGCGACAUACCCUGGGUACAGAAGCAGCUUGAGGGUAACAAUCUGACCAGAGUGAGGAUUGUAGCUGGGGCAAAGACCAGGCAUAGGUCCAUAUACAAUGGAGUGAAGGCCCUCAAAGAUGUGUGUCGUGGGGAUGAUGUGGUGUUGAUUCAUGAUAUUGUUAGAAUUCUAGCAGAAGAAAAUGUUGUGAAAGAUGUGGCUAAUGCUGCCAGACUUCAUGGUGCAUCAGGCAUCACUAGACCUUUGACUUCCACCGUGAUAGCCAAGAGCAGCGAUGGAUUUUUGUCAGAAUCUCUUGACAGAACCAAAUAUGUUGCCAGUGAGAUGCCCCAGGGAUUUCAUUUUGAUGUCAUUAACACUUCCUAUGAAAAGGCCACUGAGUAUGACUUUGAGUUUGGUACAGAAUGCCUCCACCUGGCUCUGAAGUACACAGGUACGAAGGCCUGGCUAGUGGAAGGACCAGACUCUCUAUGGAAGGUAACAUACAGAAAAGACUUGUUUGCAGCUGAAGGGAUUUUAACAGAAAAUCUGUCAUCAAUAUAUGUUGAGGAGGGAAGUUCACACCUAAAUGAUACAGUUAUGAACUGUAUUGCAGGCAGCGGUCUCAAGCUAUCAUCUGAAAAGACCCCAAAUUGCACAGACUCAGGAUUUAUCUUCUUUGUACCUCAAAAAAGCUUAGAAUUGGAAAUCGCAACAAAAAUUAAGAAGAUCUGUUCCCUGAUGAACAAGAUUAUAGUGGACCAUUCUGUAGAAGACAGUGACAGCAGCUUAAAUGUGUUGACAGAUGAAAUGAACAAUUCAGAGGAGUCCAGUGGAACAGAGGAAUCCAGUGGACAAAAUAAAGGUACUCAUAACACAGUAAACAAGGUAUGUACUAAGUGUUCUUUCUUAACUCGCAAGACAGUAGUUACUGUGGUUGAAAUUGACAAGAAGGAUGAGAGAAGGGAGACAAUUGAGGAUAUCCGCGACCGGAUCCUUGGAGAGAGUCUACCAGACAGUGUGGAUAUAUGUGCAGUUGUGUGUCACAGUCAAUCCAACUCUCACAAGGUGGGCAGUUUGGUGGCAUCACUUGUAAGAAACCAAGACUCUGGAAUGAACUAUCAGGUUCUCUAUGUGGAGUGAUAUGAACCCUCCAAUUCUGUAUGUUAAGUUUUAUGAUCCACCUUGUUCUUUGUGUGGAGCCAUAAAAGCCCAUAUGAACUAAUCGGAUCUUGAUGUGGAGUCAUAAUUGUGAACUGUCAGUUUCUCUGUGGGUUACUCUAAAUGUUGAGUAAUACAAACCAGCGAGAUACUCUUUGAGGAAAACAAAGAACCACUAACUUCUCCAUGUAGAUAGAAAUACAUCCAAUUCCUCUGAACACUGAACAGGCGUUGUAUUGCAGAAUUUAUCAUUAGCAUUCAGUCCAUCCUAAAGCAUCCCCAUGAAUUUGAUAUUCAAAAGUACACGCAGUUGUCCAUGAGUAAUGUAAUUGAUUCAUGAAGAUAAGGUGCACUAAAGCUGUUCUUUAGUCAGAUUUUGCAUUUUUACAUGCAUUGGUCAUAACAAUGCCCACCUAGAAAUGUACUCAGAAUAUUAUAAAGUGAAUGUUGUACCAGUCA